GGAUUCCCAAGGCAACAGCAUGUUCUCUUGGCUCUUGGGGGCUUUGUUGGUGCCCCUGAAUCUAGUGACCUCUGCUAGGGGUCAGGGGUCAGAGCCCCUCCGUGACCCGUCACUCUUCCAAGGAGCCGAUCGCUGUGAUUUUGCCAUCAUGAUCCCACCGGGUGGAACAGAAUGCUUCUGGCAGUUUGCCCUUCGAACCGGAUACUUCUUCUUCAGUUACGAGGUUCAGCGAACACUGGGACUUUCACGCGACCGGCACAUCAAGGCCACCGUACAUACUCCAGAUGGCUUUCUUCUUGACACUUCCCAGGACAUCCGGGGACAGAUCAAUUUCGCUACCAAAGAGACAGGUUUUUACCAGCUUUGUGUGAACAAUAACCACAACCGCUUUGGCUCUGUCCAAGUCUCUCUCAACUUUGGAGUCUUCUAUGAGGGCUUUGACAUGGACCACGAAGAAAAGACUGAGAGAAAGAAGCUAAAUGAUACUUUGGAGACAAUUGAGGUGAGCACCCGUAAGGUGCAGAACAAUGUCUUUCAUAUGUGGAGGUUCUAUAAUUUUGCCCGCAUGAGGAAGGGGUCUGAUUUUUUCAUUCUCCAGUCAAACUACCACUAUGUGAACUGGUGGUCUUCAAUCCAAAGCCUGGUUAUUGUCCUCUCGGGGAUUCUGCAGUUGUAUUUCCUGAAGCGACUCUUCAAGAUCCAGACAACCACAGACUCACAGAAGCCAAGGUGCUAGACUGAAUUCUGAGCCCGGGCCUGUCCUAAGGGCCAGGGACCCCAAAUCCUGUUCAAAACUUUACCCACCCACACCAUUUGUCCCACCAGCAGAUCUUUCAGAAACUAAAGUAGUAAAAUCUCUGAAGUCAGCAUUCUGCUCAUUUGCAUACAUUAUUGCCCAACUUAGGCAAAUACAGGAAUGGCUGUCUCCAAGGCUACAUAAGUACACGCGGGAAUCUCUCGUGCCUGACGGCUCGGGCCGCGGACCUCCUUCCAUUCACCCUCUGCCUGAUGGAGAAGCCAGGCUUGGGCCCGGUUCGGGCCUUAGGUUCCACUCCACGGCAGCUUUGGGAGGUGGAACAAGUAGGACGGUGGCGAGGGAGGAGCUGGAGAAGUUUCCCUUGACUUGCCUGAACUGAUGCUGCUGCUAACUGGAACUGGUCGAGGCAGGGACAGGGUCCUACAGAAACCGGUUUGCCUCUCAGCCGGCAUCUCUCCAUUUGGGGUCUAUUCCAGUUCUAGGAUUAUCAUUUUGGGUGCUUUGUGUCUCCAGCACUUGGGUUGGGUAUCUUCCCAUACCUCUGCCCGGAGAGAACGUGAGAGCUCCAGAAGUGUUCUUCCAAUCCCUGGAAUCGCCACUCAGAUUUUGAAAAGGAAAAAGACAAAGGGUUAGUAGCUAUGGAAUUAGACACUGGGCUAUCCCUGGUUUUUGAGAAAAGGGGUGUGUUUGUUUCCCUCUUGAGUUUAUGCCACCUGACUCCCAGCCUUUAACCACUGCUCACUCUUCGCUAUCAACAUCAGCAAUUUUGGGUGGCUUCUCUUUGCUCCGGCUCUGAUGCCAGCUCCCUUCGGUCCGUAAUAUCUUUAUGGCCUAGAACCUACUCCCUUUUCCUACAUAAAACUUGGAUAGCCUUACAGUGCCUUUUGA